AUGUUGAGAAUACAUACCAGACAGUUCUCCUGCAGUGCUGCAGUAGAGGCUGCAGCUAAGAAGAAAGCCCAAGGGUUCGCUAAGGCUCAAUCAGGAACUAAGGCAGCAGCCAAAAGAAUUACUCCUGGUUCCAUGUAUAAGAGAUGGCAACCAGCUGUUGCAACGGCUAAUUUACAUAAAAAUGCAACUUUUGUCGAUCUGCCCAUGUUUAAUCCUAAUAACAUCAGUGCCGCAGAUGUCCAUUCUUUCUCAGAGCAGCAAUUACAAUUCUUGUAUCGUCUGGGUUCAUUCAAGCAAAAUCAAUUCAAUGAAUUGUUCACACGUCCAAUAUCACUAGUUAGAGAUUCCACCACUAGAAAAUUGUACGAAGCCUUACGGAAGUCAGAAAACAAAAAGCUUGUUCUAACAGGUGAACCAGGUGUGGGUAAGUCUACUCUACUGGCCCAGCUACAUGCUCACGCACUAGAAAACAAGGGACUUGUGUUAACUGUUUCCAACUCCGAACUUCUUACAAAUGGUAGAAAUGACUUCUUCUUGGAUGAAGACAGAUACAUUCAACCAAUGUACAUCAAGAACUUAUUAACCAAAUUUGUCAAAUCCAACAAAAAAGAAUUAUUGCAAUCCAUUAAACUCUCCAAAGACUAUAAAUUAGUUCACUCUGGGGGUAAAGACCUAUCUGUGAAGAGAAAUGUGAAUUUAUCUGCAGGUAAAUCCACGUUAUACGAUUUACUAAGUGUCAAGGCACCAUCUCGUCACCGUGGAGCCGUUUUCGAUGCAUUCAUUAAAGAAUUAACUAACCAAACUGAUCAUCCGGUCUAUUUCACUGUUGAUAACUUCUCCCAUCUUUUGACUACACCAUUCACAGCAUAUAAAGACACAAGCAACAAAAAUAUUCAUAUUUUAAAAUUCCAGGUUGGUCAAUCUAUUUUUGAUUUAGUCUCUGGCGAUUUGCAAUUCGCUGCUAAGGACAGCUGUGUUGUUUUGGCUACUUCGGGUUUGGAUAGAACCAAUAGAACGUUAUCAAUUGGUUUGCAAAAGCUUCCUCACGAUCCAUAUUUGACCAGAUACCACUAUGAACAAAUUUUGGCCGAAAAGUUACUAAAGGGUAAAGUACAGGAGUUCGAAGUUACCAAACUUAAUAAAGAUGAAGUUGCCAAAUUGAUGGAGUUCUACCAAAAGGCGGGUAUCGUACUUGACAAAGAUUUACAGAACAAAACCUUCGAACAGCUUACCGAAGAAAAGUACUUCUUAAGUGGUAAUGGUAAUCCAAGGGAAUUGCUCAAGAGUAUUACACUAUAUCCAUUCUAA